AGUAGUAAAGCGGCGGCCUCAUAAUACGGAGCUGCCGGCUGACCAGCUAGGCUAAAAUCACUUAAGACGCGUUCCUUGUAAUAUAACCACUGAUACACGCGCUUCUCUCCCCUCCCCUUUUUAAAUAUACAUAUAUAUUUAAAAUAACACUUAUCCCUACUACCAUUAUAUACGUCAACCAAUUCAAAAUAACCUCCCUUCAUCCCUUCUAAUUCAAAAAGACUAUAGUCGAAUAUAAAGACAACUUUAGAAUAACUUGAGACGCGAGUGUAACACGUAACGUAGAAGGUGGUACACUUGUGACAAGACAGUCAACACGAACGGUAGUACAUACCUCAAAUUAAAUAAUUUUAAUUAUUUAACAAUUUAAAAAUUUGUUGACAAUUGUUUAUUAUAUAUUAAUAUUGUUUUUUUUUUUUUUUGUUUUUAUUUAUUUACUUUUUUUUUUUGUUGAUUUUAAGACAAGUGUUACACAUGGUUUUGGUGUAAAGUGACUUUCAACAACAAUGGAUUAUUAUUAAUUAUUAAACAUUUAUAAAUAUAUUUAUUUAGAUUUUAAUUAUUUAUAAUUUAAUGUGAUAUUAACAAUGGUAUUGGUUUAUUUUAUUGUAAUGGUUUUAAUGGUUUUUAAAAGUGGCUGACUAAAACAAGUUUAUUCUACUUGAUGAAAACUUGACGUUUAAAAUUGGAUAAUAACGUUUUUUAAUGAUGAAUUAAUUUUUUUUUUUUAUUUUAUUUAAUUUGUUAAUGUGGAUUUGUGAUUUUAAUGAUAUUUAAGAUUGACGAAUGACGCCCUAACGGAGAGCCGGCUGGUGUGCAGUUGCCGAAACAAUAAAGGAAAAACAGCAUCUUUAUCAUCACCACGUCAAAAUUACCCAUAGAUAAAAACAACGACAAUCGAGCUGAGGGAGCGAGGGGCAACUAGCCCUUUGGCGAGUUCGAAGGAUGCAGCUCCCAGGCGGGAGCACGAAAAGUCCGCCAACGCGAGCUCCGUAUCCUGCCACCCAAAUUGGCAUAAUACAAAAAAUAAAACUAAUAUCGUGUUGCCAUCUUGAAAGUGGUAAUACAACCGGUAGUAAUUGUAUCGGUAGUGAAAGUAGUAACGGCAACGGUACGGGACCUGACAACGAUCCAACUCCCUUGAUUAAUCAUAAACGCAUCUCAAGAACUAAACAUCGACACACAAUAACCAGCAGCAAGCAUCGACAGCCACUGGUGUUAAGAUUAGGGUGGAAAAUUUUGUACAAACAGCAAUAGUAAAUGUACAGAGUCGUCGUCGAUGCACAAUAAUUGAAAAAAAAUAUAAAAGUGCAGACGAAGCCAAAAGUGAGGAGAUCAGGGAUUAAAAAAAAAAAAAAAAAGAAAAAAAGUCGUUUAGUGUUUGAAAGACGGUGGUUUCGGCGGCGGCGGCCAAAGAAGAAGUAAAAAAAAAAAAAAGAAACGAUCGAAAUAAGUGAAUAGAAAGAGAAUAAGAAACAAGGGUUAAAAAAAAAAAAAGGUAAGCUUACAUCUAGUGUUGACCUCGUCAUCAUCGUCGUUAACGGUAGUGAACAAACCAAGACACGAAAAGUAAACAACAAAACUUGAAAACAUAAAUAAGAAUUUAUACUGAAGAAACUAAAUUGCUACAGAUAUAUACAGAAUAAAAAAAAAAGGACAAAAAACUCUGGCCAUAACAAAAUUACGUAUAGAAAAAAGAGGAAGUUAUACGUUGUGAGAAAAAAAGAGAAGAGAAGAGAAGAGAGAGAGAGAGAUAAAUAAUAGAGCAACUGCUUGGUCUGCUGCUCGAAGAAGGAGCAUUUGAGAUACGAUCGAGGUGGAAGGGAUAGUGACAGGGUGUAGUAUUCGCGCACGGAGCCACAAGGCAAGCUAUUCGUGCGCAAAGGGGAGGGGUGAGAAAGAGCCCUGGCGGGGAGGGGUCGAGGAGGCCUUCGGGGGGCCGACCAACCAGACGGCCGAUGAUGUCAUCGGAGGAGGAGACCGACUGUUUCGCCCUCUACGGAGCAACUGCGGAUAGUAAGCAACAGCAACUCUUAAAGAAACAGAAGCGCACCAGACAGCGCGUGGACGCCGGAGAGCCACGUAAUAGCUACUCGAGUAUACCGAACUUUAGUUCCCGGCCGACUUUUCUAGGAAGUGGUAUUUACGGUGCGAUAUUUAGUGGUUCAGGUCCACCUUCUAGUCAUCAAACAGCAUCACAACAACAAAGUCCACAACAAGGACAACAACAAUUACAAUCACAUUCACAACAGCAGUCUCAACAGGCUGGUGUAGCAAGCACAGUGGCGGCCACUACGCAAGGUCACCUCGGUGCAACAACGGGGCCAACAACACAACAUUCCGCUCACGCGGCAUUUGGCUUCUUCGGGGCACAGGGCUUUGGCCCCGCCAAGAUGCUUAACGAGCUUCUCGGAAGACAGGUCAAACAGGCCAGCGACGCUGGUGGAUCACCUCCUGAAGGUAGUCACGGUAUGACAGGAGCUGGAAUGGAUCAAGCAACAAAUUUGCAGACUGGCGGGGUCGUUAAUUGUGACGAUCCAGCCACUGCUGCUGAACUCACACAACACAUGUUGCGUGAUAUACUUCAAGGGAGAAAAUUAUCUGCCCUUGCUGUACAAGAUCAACCAAACAACAACAAUAAUUUACACAAUAAUAAUAAUAAUAAUAUUAACAAUAAUAAUAACAACAAUAAUAAUAACAAUAAUAUCAAUAAUAAUACAACGGAAAUUCUCAAAUCACAACAACAACAACAUCAACAACACAGUCCUCAACAACAACAACAACAACAACAGUUACACCAACAAAAUAGUGAUAGUGCGCGAUCAAUUAGUGGAACAGUGCACAGUGGUGGGGAAGAAAGUGUAGAUGGAAAUAACGUUAUCGUGAAUCAUAGUGAUAGAGUUAUGUCAGUUGAUGCUGAAGACAGUAGUGAAGAUGUUGCAUCAACAGCUCGUGCUAUGGAAGAAGCAUUUGCUGAAGCUGGCAUGGAGCCUGGUGCAAAUCUUGAUGGUUCUGAUUGUGAUCAAAGUUUACCACCUAGCCCGACGGUAACACGUCCAAGUUCAGUAUCUGUUAAAGAAGAACCCCUUGAUUCAAUUAGUUUAAGAAGAAGUCGUUCAGCAAGUCAUUCACCCUGUCCUAUGUUACCAAAAACAGAGACAAAUUCACCAACAACUGAAAUAAAACGUGCACGUGUUGAAAAUAUUGUUAGUACAAUGAGAAGUAGUCCAGCAUUACAGCCUGUUAAUGGUUGUAAAAAAAGAAAACUUUAUCAUCCACAACAACAAACAGUUCAACAUGUACUUCAUCAUAGUGUUAAUGAUCCAAUGUUAGAUGUUGAUGAUGAAGAAAGUGAAGAAGAAGAAGAUCCAACAACGAUAAAACAAAAAAGAGAAGAAAAAGAUAAUUUACAAAGUCAAUUGAAACAAUUGCAUCAACAAUUAGCACAAAUGCAACAAAAAUAUCAUGAAUUAUCAAGUCGUAUGGAUCCAGAAACUAAUGAAAGUGGUGAAUCACCAGCAAGUCCACAAAAUACACCACAACAACAACCACCACCAAGACCACCAAGACCUCAUCCACCAGCAUAUAAUGGUAUUGCAUCAUUACCACCAGAUCAUCCGCAUGCAACAGCAGCAGCAAUGUAUCAUAUGGGACAAAAACUUUACCUUGAACAGCAACAUGCUGCCCUUGAACGAAUGAAACAACACCAGGAGGCAGCAGUGAGGCAACAACAAGCUCAAGUACAACAUCAACAUCGUGAAAGAGAACAACAACAACAACAACAACAAAGAGAGCAUCAACAGAGACAACAAACAUCACCUCAACCAAGUAAUCAGGCAAGAGAUCAAAGUAAUACAGGAUCAUCAACGCCUCAAACACCACAAAUGCAAUCAUCUAGUACGCCUCAUCAACAUAAAGAUUUUCAUGAAAGACUUAAUGUUUUUCGUGGUAGUGGAAAUACAGGAAAUUCAUCAGGACCACAUAUAACUGGUACUGAUCUUGAAGGACUUGCUGAAACAUUAAAAAAUGAAAUUACCUCAACACUUGGAAAUUUAGUUGAUACAAUUGUUGCAAGGUUUAUGCAACAAAAAAGGUUUUUAAAUAAACCAUAUGAGGCAACACAAGCCGCCGCCGAACAGCUCAAUAAAGAUUUAUUACUUGCAAGUCAAUUACUUGAAAGAAAAUCACCAAGAACAAAAGUUGUAGAUAGAGGAGUACCACAACAACCCGGUGGCCCAAACGGGCAACGGGGGCCCCUCAAUGGUGGCCCCCCAUCUCAACAAUCCACGGGGUUUUCCCAAAUCGGAGCUAUGAGUGGUACCCAUGGUCCACUAUCUGGUCCAACAGAAAAUAAUUUAAACCAGAUUAAUCAAUUACCUCCACAUGCAAGACCAAGUGUAGGCCUUUUUCAAGCGCCAAAAGCACCAAUGUACAGCAUGGCAUCAAUGCAAGCUCAACAACAGCAACAGCAGCAGCAACAACAACAACAGCAACAACAACAACAGCAACAACAGCAGCAACAACAACAAGAACAAAGGCAACGUGAACAGGCACAAAGAGAUCAAUAUUGUAAUUUAAGAAAUGAGGAAAGAGACGCAAGAGAGCUUGAACAAAAUGAAGCUCUUUCCCUCGUAAUGACACCAAAAAAGAAACGUCAUAAGGUCACUGAUACGAGAAUAACCCCACGUACAGUAUCAAGGAUAUUAGCUCAAGAGGGAGGUGUAUCACAAGGUGGUAGUGAAAGUCCACCACCUCCACCACCACAAAGACCGUAUCAUGCGCCACCUCCAAUGUUGCCUGUAUCAUUACCAACAAGUGUUGCAAUACCAAAUCCAAGUCUCCAUGAGAGUCAAGUAUUUUCACCUUAUUCACCAUUUUUUAAUCCGCACGGUGGUCAUCCAGGCCAAGUGCCACCACCUGGACCACAUCAUUUGCCUGCAAGUCCACCAGGCAGUGGAGUAGAUCUCCGUGAUUCACCACCACUACCUCAUCCACCAGCAAUGCUACAUCCUGCUCUUCUUGCUGCUGCUCAACAUGGUGCAAGUCCAGAUUAUGGACACCUCAGGAUAGACAGCAAUGACAGAGCGAGCGAUUGUAAUUCUGGUGAUAUUAUCUACGAUGGAAUUCAACCUACAUCGUCAACAUUGACACCAAUGCAUUUGAGGAAAGCCAAGCUGAUGUUUUUCUGGGUGAGGUAUCCGUCCUCAGCUGUCCUCAAGAUGUACUUUCCAGAUAUUAAAUUCAACAAAAACAACACAGCACAACUCGUCAAAUGGUUCUCCAACUUCAGGGAAUUUUAUUAUAUUCAAAUGGAGAAAUAUGCAAGACAAGCAGUAUCAGAAGGUGUUAAAAAUGCUGAAGAUCUCAGGGUUGGUGGUGAUUCAGAAAUAUACCGAGUAUUAAAUCUUCAUUACAAUCGAAACAACCAUAUUGAGGUAUGGGGUCCCCAGGUACCAGGUAACUUCAGGUACGUGGUGGAACAAACAUUAAAAGAAUUUUUCAAAGCAAUACAAGGUGGUAAAGACACUGAACAAUCAUGGAAAAAAGCAAUUUACAAAGUAAUAUCAAGGCUUGAUGAUCCAGUACCCGAAUAUUUUAAAUCACCAAAUUUUUUGGAACAACUUGAGUGAAGUAAAACAACACUACGUUGCUCCACAUGGUAGUAACAGUGAAAUUAAUAUUAAAAAAAAAAAACAAACAAUAAAUAAUAAUAAAAAAUUAUUGGAACUUUAUUUGAGUGAUAAUAAAUAAAUAUGUCAAUUUUCGGAGUUGAAGAGAAUAUAUUUAAAAAUUAAAAAACAAGAAAUUUUAAGUGAAAAAGAAAAUUUGCCAACAAUGGAAGUGGCCGUUCGUCGAGGACACCUUUAACCAGGUAUCGCAUAGUAACAUAUCGUGAAAAAAAAAAGUAACUAGCGAAUGGAUAAUUCGACAAAUAGCUUCGAGUAUGUUUUUCGAUAAAAAAUUAAUAAAUUAUUAUUACUAAUGAUGAUAAUAAUUGACGAAAAAAAAAUCAAGAUGCACCGAAGAAUAAUUAAGAAGAUGGCAACUUGUCUUUAAAUAUCAUUUAUGAAAAUUUAAGUAAAUCAAGUAUUGAAGAAAAUCGACAGAUUGAUUCAUCGAAAGUGAGCGUAUCGAUAUAUCAAUUAAUAUAAUUUAUCAGGGGAAUGAAAAAAAAAAAAUAUAAAUAUAUAUAUAUUAUUUAAAAAAUGGAAAAUAUAAUUUUAUUUUCCUUCGCGCGUUUACAAUUCUCAGUGAAAAUUUAUGAAAAAUAAUAAAUGAGAAUUGUAUUAUAAUUUAAUUUAAAAAGAGAAAUAUUGAAUGAUUGUGGAGAAUGACUGAGCAAAUAAAACAACGUUAAUACUGAUUUAGAAAAAAUACAAAAUUUUAAAAAUUAAAAAUUCGACAGAGUAUAGUGAGAAUAAACUCGGUUUGUUUAUUUUUCAAUAUAACUUUUAAUUGAAUUUAGUUUAUCGUUAGUUUUGUUUGCAAUUUGUGUAUAAUUAUUUUAAAAUAUAAUUUUUUUUUUUUCUUAUUUUUUCUUGUAAAAGAAAAUCAAAGAAAAACCAGAGUCAAUUUUGGUCCAAAGAUAUUUUUUAGAUACCAUUUAAUCCACGAUCGCAAUAUGUCGAUUUUAAUUUACUUUUUUCUUUUUUUAUAUCGAAGAAUUUUUUGUUGAUCAUAUUUUUUAAAAAAUAAAAUAUAUUUAUUUAUUAUGAAUGACUAAAAAUUCAUCGAUAUAUUUUAUUUAAAACGACUCAAAACUGACCGAUAUUAGCUUAGUUUUGCGUCGUUUAGACACAAGUAUUUUUUAUCUUUUAAAUCUUGUGUUUAUAUUUGAAAAUAUAUAUAUUUUUUUUCUUAAUUUUUGAAAUAUAUCUGAUUAAAUGGCUGUGCAAACGUGAGACUGUGCGAUUCGGCCAAUCGACAAUCGCGUCUCGAUGGAUUAUCUGGUAUACUAGAAAUAAAUAAUUUUUUUUUUUUUAUUUUUUAAUAUGUAAAUAGAUAAUUUAUAGUUGUAGAAAAAAAAUUAAUUAAAGAGGGGUUAAUUAACAGACAUACAAAUGAGCAUGUAUAAUCGUCAGUGACGUGAAAUUUUAAUUUUUUAAUAAUUUCAUGCCGAGUUUAAAAAUAUGUAUGUAAGUAAUGAUAGACAAAAAAAAAAUAAUAAUAAUUAGAAUGCACUGAUAAUAGUAAAAUUCGAAAAUAAAAUAUUCCAUUUCAAAAAUUUUCAAGUUUAAACGUAAAAAGUAUUAGAAAAAAAUAAUAGAAAUUGCGCGAAGGGAAAAUCAUUAGAUGUGUUCCAAAUAAUAAUUUCACAAAAAAAAAAAACAAUUAGGCAAAAAAUAAUAACAAGAAAGCAAACAAAAUAAAUAAAUAAUUAAAAUAAUGAUAAACAAAUAGGCGCGGGUACGUAUUAAUUAGAUUUUAUGAUAAAAAAAAAAGAAUUUUUAAACAUAUGAAUUUUAAAUAAAUAUAUUAGGAAUUUUAGUGAAUCAUAAAAAAUAUCCAAUCAAUGUGUGGUUAAGACAUUAAUAUAAUUAUCACAAAAAACAAAGAAAAUUAUUUUAAAACAUUCGACACAUGACAACACAAAAAAAAACACAAACACAAAAUUAACGCGUUUUCGAAAAAACACAAAAAUUUAAUCCAAAAAAAAAAAAAGAGUCAAGCUCUUUAAAUUCCCGCGUUGUCAAUUGAUUAAUUUUUUUUUUUUUAUAAUUCAAGCUUCACACCUUGUAGAUAAAAAAAAACAAAUAAUUUAAUUAGCAAAAAAAAAAAAGAAAAAUUAAUCGUAACAUUAAUCAAAACGUAUUAAAAAAAAAAAAUGAAAAUUUAUAUAAUUUUUCAUUCGCAUUAUUAUCUUGUACUAUUAUAAUUAUUUUUAUUUAUAUUAAUGUAUUAUUAUUAUUAUUACUGUUUAUUACCAUUGAUCCUACAACGACAAAAAAAUGAAACAAUUUUUUAAUUUUUAUUAUUGUAUUAGUUGUAUUCCUGUAAACAAAAAAAAAAAAAAAAAAUUAUUUUUUUCAAACUUCACACACAAAAUAUUGUUAUUAAAAUAUAUUUUUUUUUUUUUCAAUUUUAUUAUAAUUUACAGACAGCAUCGAUAUGUCGACUAUGCUUUUCAGCUAGUCCAUCGAAUAAUUAAUUUUUUUUCUUUGUCAAUCAAUCAAUCAGCUAAUUAAAUAAUUAAAAAUUUUAUUUUCUUUCUAAUUACUCAUUUAUAUUAAUUUUAAUUUUUAUAAAUUAUUAAUCUGUAAUUAUGUAAUUGAUAAAUAUUUAAGAAUUAUUAUUAUUAUUAUUAUAUUAACACACACAAACACACAAUUUUUUUUUUGCAAGCGGUGAGUCUUAACCUAGUCACAAGUCACUAUUUUUAAUUUAUUAACUAACUAUUAUUAUUAUUAAUUAUUAUUAUGAUUAUUAUUAUUAUUAUGACUAUUAUUAUUUUAUUUAUUAUUCACGCUAAUAAAUGAAGAGACAGUGAAUUCUAAUUGCAAUAUUUUGACUUACAAUGAACCUUUAAUCACACUUGACUUGACCAAAUUUCCUUAGUCCUUUAUUUUAUUUUUUAAUUAUUAUUUUUAUGUGUUUUAUUUAAUUUAUUGUGAUUGUUUAAGAAUGUUAUUUUAUUUUUAUUUUUUGUGAUAUUUAAAUCCCGCGCCAAUUGCAUUUUUAAAUGCAAGUGAAUAUUUAAAAUUGAAAAAGAAAAUCUUAAUUCGCUCUCGACAAUUGUGACUAUUUGGAUACUUGUUCUUUUUUUUUUUGGGAUUUUAUUUUCUUGCUUUCUUUUUUGAUUCAUAUUGAAGAGCAAGAAUGAGGAAAGAAAAUGAGACUUUUUUGACAUGCGGAGGAUUAUAAGACUUAAUGAAAAAAUUAAUCUUUCGGUCUUGUUAUAAAUAUAUGAAAAAAAUAUAUAUAUAUUAUUGAAAAAAUUUUUCAUUCGACUCAACGAAAUUUUGUGAUAUUAUAUUUGUGAAUUUUUUGGAAAAUUUUAUUUAUUUUGGCAUAGAUAUAUUUAAAAGAAAAAUAAUAAAAAUUUAUCGAAAUUGGUCAAUGUUGUACAAAAAAAAAAAAAAAACGUUAGAAAAAAAAUUAAAAAACAAAAAAAAAAAAAAGUUUAAGACUAAUUUCAAAUAUUCUCCGCAUAAUUUGUCAAUAAAAAAGUCCUCAAUCUAUAUCACCUCUAAAAAUAUGUAUAUAAUUUUUAAUUGAACCAAAAAAAAAAAGAAGAAAAUAAACAAAAAAAAAUAAACAAUUUAAAUGAAAGUAAAUUUUUCUUCUAUGAAAAAUAAAAGAAAAAAAAUAUUUAAAUUAUAUUCGAGAGCAAUUAUGAGUUGUGAUUUUCUUUGUUAUUGAAAUUGAUAAAAAAAUUUUUUAAAUUAAUUGGAGAUACUUUAAGAUGACAUCAUCAAUGCCCUGAUGAAUUAAUAAAUUAAGCUAUAUAUUCUUCUCACCUUCGAUAAUUAAUUGUAAGAAACCAAAAAAAAAAAAAAUAUACAUAUAUAAAUUAAAAAUUGUAUAUGUAUAUUGAAAGAUGAAAAAAUAAAAAUCAUAGUCGGUUUUCAUGUUAAGGAUGUUAUCAAGUUGAGCAACCAGCAACAAAAAAAUCUACUUUGUUUUUUAACAGACAGAUCAAUUUGACUGAGCAAUUACUUUAUUUGCUCGAACCCUCGACCGCGAUUAUUUUCCGGCAUUAAAUUGCCCAUCAAAAUUGACGAUUAACUUGCGAUUAAAACUGAGGCACUUGACUUUAAAAUACAUUAUUUUUUUAUUUAUUUUUUUUCGAUUUAAAAGCCAAAGACAAUCGAAAAAAGUCAUUCGUCAAUGCGAGCCAACAAAGAAAUAAUAAUUCAGCGGAUAAUGACAUUUUUAUUUGAAAAAUAAAAUACAAAAGAUUUUAAAUAAUCAACUCAAUUUUAAUAUAAACAAUCAAUUAACAAUCACAGUGUAUCAAACAACUAAUGAAUGGUUAAUUAAAAGAAACAAAAAAAAUAGUUGAAAUAUUUAUCUCGAACUUGACACGGUGCGCUACUAGACACAAUGAGAAUUGAAUAAAAUAAAAACAUUUUGAGUAAUUAAUAACGAGAACAGAAAUGUUAAACGUGUGUGCAAAUAAUAAAAAAAAAUUUAAAUGAUAAUAAUUAACGCGACAGGAACCAAAUCGUUUACACGCUGGAUCAAAAUCAUUGCGAGUUACGAUAAACUAGGUGUAGUAAUCAUUAAAUUAUAAAAAAAAAAACUUUAUAUUAAAAAAAAAAAUAGGUUUUGAAAUAUAAAAUAAAAGAACAUUUUUAAAAACGUGCAAUAAAUAAGUCACGUUUAUAGAAAAUUUGUCUUUGAAAAUUAUUUAAUAAUAGGAAAAAAUUUACUCGAUAAUUUUGUCCACGCGUGUGUAAUUAUUUUCAAUGAGAAAAUGAAAGAAUAUUUCAGUCGCCCUUACUCGCCUAUGUGCACAAAAAAAAAUUAUUUCAAUGCUCAAUAAUGAGAUGACAAAUACGGAAGAUGAGGAUAACAAUACAAUUUAAAAAACAAAAAAAAAAACUCAAAGAAAAAUUUAAUAAAUAGUAUCUAAUGUUAGACAAAAAAAAAAAUUAAAAAAAGUAAAUUUAAUAAAAUCACAAAAGAGAUGAGAGUUAAUAAAAAAAAAAAUCUACAAACUUAUAAACUUAUUAUUAUUAAUCGAGUUUUUAUCGAGUCGUGAUAAACAAUUUAAAAAAGCAAAAUUGGAGUAAAUUCGUUAAAAAAUAAUAAGAUUUUUUCAAUAAAAAAAAAAAAGUUUAGGAUUUAUUAAAAAAGAAUAAUUAAAUUAAUUAAAAAAAAAAUAAAUUUUAAACAUAUUUUGAGUGAAUAUUAUGAUCAAGAAAUUUUAAAUUUGUGGUUGUUUAUUUUUUUGUAUUAUUUUUCGUAUUAAUUAUUAUUAUUAAUUGUAAUUUUUAGUGGUGAAAUUGAAUGUGAAUUUAGCGACAUUAAAUUGAGCCACGUGAAAAAAUGAAAUUUAAAUUUUUUUCAUUUUUAAAUGCACGACUGCUAAUGAGUAACGAGAAUUUUUUAAAAGAGCACAAAAAAGAAAAUUAAAAACAUCAAUAUUUAUUUAUUUAAAAAAUAAUGAAAUUGAUUAAAAAGCUCUGUGUGAUAAUCUCGUAAUGAAAAGAAAAAUAUAUAUGUAAUAUUUACAACAGGAUUGAGGAAAACACUGAAAAAUUAUCAUCAAAAUUUGGAGAAUUUUUAGGAUUUUUUUAUUGUCAAAAUUGUCAAUUUAAUAUAUUUUUUUUUGACUGAUUAUCUGAAGGCAAUGGCUGUCGACAACUCCGGUCAUUGAACUAACAAUUAUUUUUAUUUUCUACCACAAUAUAGACAGUGUCAAUUCAAUGCUAUGAAUAAAAAAAAAAUCCACAGAUUAUUAUUUGAUAAAUUUUCCAUCUUCGAAUACAAUAACAGAUUUUAGUUUUAUACCGUUGAUAAUUGCAGUCGAUACUCCUGCAUUUACAAAUAAAAUAUUUAAAUAUACAAUUGCUCAAAUGAAAAAUUUUUUAUUUUUUUAAUAUAAAUAUAUAAUGGCUUUAUCCGUAAAAUGUACAAAGAGGCCUGUCGAUACUCCAGCUCUUUGUACAAUAAUAUUAUAUAAGUCAAGUUACAAUUUAAAUACAAUAGAUUCAUUAUCGAUGAUGGAAAAUUUAACGAUAAAUAAUAAUCAUAAAAUACAUAAUAUCUAUUACUCAAUCAAUUUGGUAACUAAACAGUAAUAAUUGACUAAAAAUAUCUCCAAGUAAUUGAAAUAAUUUUUCUGUUGUCCUAGGAAAACUUGAAAUUGAAUGCCAAUUUUUAAAUUGAUAUGAGCUUGGAGUAAUGAAAAUAUAUAAGCCAAAUAAAUGUCAAGAUUGACAAGUGCUUAAUGAAAUAUAAAAACAAAUUUGAAGAAGAAAAAGUACAGUGAAAAAUUUUACAGAUAUAAAAUGCUAAUUUCCUUGCAAACCGGGAAAGCUCAGCAUAACAAUAGACAUAUAAAAGCUCGUUACACAAACGAGCACAUGCACAAUAAUUUCAGAAACAAAAAUGUAUAUAAAAAAUUAACAAUAUAUACCAAAUUUUUGUAUCGACUUAUCUGUACUUAAAAGCUCUUCAUAAAAAGUUUACAGUUAAUUUAAAAUGUGUUUAAAAAUAAACAUCAAGUUUUGACAUCCAGCUCAGUAUAUCAAAAGGAAAAUCAAUAGUCAAUAUUUGCAAAUUAAAGGACAUUUCAAAUUGAAAAAAAAAAAUAACUAAGUGGCUUUUAAUAUCCACAAAGUAACCUCAAUCCAUGCUAAGAAUAAAUUCCCAGCAAUUAAAACGAACGAUAAAAAAAAAAGAAAGAAAAACUGGAAAUAUAAAAAAAAUUCAUUCAGCAGUCGUGUAAACAAUCACGUAAAUUUUUUAGAUUAAUAAAAGUUAUAAGGUUAUUACGAAUAUAAAAAAAAAAAAGAGUGAGAGUGAGCUAAUAAUAUUGUGAAAUAAAAAAAAAAAAUUUUUUCUAGUAAUAUGUGAUUGGUAAAGUGCAGCUGUAUGCAUUUUAAAGAGAAAAAAAAUCCAAAGAAGAGGAUUAAAUGAAGAUAUAUAAGAAAAAAAAAACACAGUGAUUACGUUGAUUUGUGUGAGGAUGUGCAGUCUUAAGUCCUCAAUAAAAUAAAAAAGUAAAUAAUGAAUAAUUAUUAAAAGAAAUAAAAAAAUUAUUUAAACAAAAUACUAAUAAUAAUAAUUUAAUAAUGAGAAAACAAGACGACAAUCAUCAGUCAUGAUCUUAUUAUAAAAUUAAUUUUUUGUCGUGUUAAACAACAAAGAAAAAAAUAAAUAAUAUUAUUCUGUUGUUAAUAAAUUACAAUAAUAAUAAUAAAUAAUAAAAAAUAAUAAUAAUAACGGAGUGGACAAGAAACCGUACGACAGUCUUGUGAAGAUUGUGGGAAUUGUUUUUCUGCGUUUCGUUGAUAAAACGAAACACCAAUUGUAACGGCGAAUAAAAAUUUUUUUAAAUGUCCCAAUUGUUGUCCAGUUAAUUUCUCAUAAUUACUAACUAAUAGCAAUACAAAUUUCCAUCUAUAAAUAUAUACUAUAUGAAAAGUUGAGCACAAUAAAAAGCCAUACAGCAAAAAAUUUUAGGCUAUUACAAAUAUUUAUAUUAUUCAACAGAUAUAAUAAAGUAAUUAUCAAACAGGUAAUUACUAAUCCGUCCUCAAUAUACUCGCAAAACACAGCGAUAACAUAUUUUUAUUUUAUACAUUUAAUUUGCAAUAGAUAAAUUAUCAUUUAAAAUUACAAAAAUUAACAAUAGACAAAUAUUCGGGGCUUUUAUUGUUAAUGUAAAUAUAGUAUAUAUUUAUGGUUGAAAAAAAAAAUGUAUUGAUGAAAUAUUGAUUGAGAAAUACUGACAACAAUAGGGACAAAUACACCUGUCUAUUUUGAUAACUGCAUUACAAUAUUUGAACUAUACAGACCGAUAUUUUAGUUACUAUUAAAAUUAUCAUUUAAAUGAAAAAAAAAAAAAACAAUUUUCCGGCGUUUUUCAUGUUUUUUCGCUUGAUAAUAAUAUCAUUAUUAUUUGAUAAUAUUUUGAGGAUAAAUUAAUUUAAAUAUAAAAGGUAAACGAGAGAAAACAAAGAGUUUAAUGAAGAGAAAAGAAAAAAAUAAAUAUGAGGCAAAAUAAUUUAGAAAAAAAUGAUUUUUAAUAAUAUCAGGGGAAAGACUAAAAUUCUGUUUUUGGCAUACACCAAAAAGUUUUAAUACUAUUAAAACAGACUCACACACACUGGAGGUUAAUUAUAAAACCAAUAUUAUGUUGAAUGACUAAUGAGGUUAUUAGAUCCACCGCAAGUCAACAAUACAAUAUACAAAUACACUUUGCAAUAAUGCAUAUUUAACACCAAUAACACGUGUUCACAAGGACCCACACCUACAUACAUUAAAGUAGUUUAAUUAAUUAAUUUUUAAAUAUUUAUAAUUGAUGUUUUUAAAUAUAUUUAUAAAUAGUUUUAAAUAUUUUUUUUUCUUUGAAUUAUUUUACUUUGAAAUUUUGGUUUAAUAUUAAUUUACUUUGAAUCAAUUUUUAUUUUAUUUUUAUUUUAUUAAUAAUUUAAUUUUUAAGAUCAAUUAUUAUUAUUAUUAUUAAUUACAAUAUAUAAAUUUUUUUUUUGUGUAAAUAAGAAAUAUAUAAUUGAUCUUUUUGGUUUUUAAAAAUUUUUUUUUUGGUUAAUUUUGUCGAGGAAAUUUUUUUUUUAAUUAUUUGAUAAUUCAACUACUUUUAACACAUACUGUGACAUACACCACUACACAUAACAUAUUUAACCCACAACACAAACACACGCAGUUUCGGCCCAAGUCCAAAAGACACAUCAAGGAAAAAAAAGUACAAGUUUUCACGUUUGCGCCUUACAUUAAAAUUAAAAACUAAAAAAAUAAAAAAAAAAAAACUAAAAAAAAAAAAAAAUAAUAAUAAUAAAGAUAAAUAAAUAAAGAUAAAUAAAAAAAAAAGUUGAUCAAAAACGUAUUCUUACCAAAAUCGGCCUUAGUAUAUACUUUUCCAAAAAAAAAAAAAAAAAAAAAUUAGGGGAAAACAGUCAAACGCGAGUAGCAAUUAACACACUAAGUCCAAAUAAAAAAAAAAAUACGCGUUUAAUAUAUGCUCAAUUAUUUGUUAUAAAUUCCACGUUUUUUUUUUCUUUUUUUUAUUGAUAGCUCAACGAGCAAUAUCAAUCAAUUACAUGCACAAUAAUUUUAUUUCAUUUCGAAGAAAAAAAAAUUAAUAAAUAAAAAAAAAAAACGUGGAAUAUAUUUAACGCGUUAUUUAUUAUUUUUCUUGUAAACACCAGCGAUACUCGCCGCGUCUUGCUUACACCCCUUCGACUGAAAUCAAGACCCUCCCAAUCCCAAAAAAAAAAAAAAAAAAUUAAAAACAAAAUUACCCCGUUGAUUCCCUUGUAUCCAGCUUCUAUUUUCAUUUUUUUUUCAACCCCACAACCCGCUCCACAUUUCGUAAAUCUCAAUAAUAAAAAUGAAGAAGAAAAAAAAAAUUAUUGGAGCUUUUCUUCGCGUAGAGAGAAAAACAUUUCCUGCAUGUUUGACGACGAGCGGACGGGUCACCCACGCGAUUGGGAAAACUCGUCGCGUUAACUCUUUCGUAUAGGAAUAUAUAUUUAAAAAAAAAAAGUCUCGGUGAUGUCGAUAAAUCCGCGAAAAUCGUGAAAAAUCGUUUUUUAAAAUAAAAAUUAUUACGUUUCGGUUAAAAGAAAAAAAAUAUAUAUAUAAACUUGUCUCGGGGAAAAUGAAUAUAAUAAUAAUAAUUUUUAAAAAAGGGUGACCCUAAAAAUUUAAAGGCGUCUGUACGCUUGGGCCAGCUCGUCCAGCUCGCGUUAUAAUUCAUCGGUAAUAUCGAGCAUUUUAAAUUAUUAUUUUUGAUUUUUUUUUUCAAUAUUAAUUUUGAAAUAAUAUGCACGAUGUAUUGUUACGGCAAUUUUCAAUUAAAUAUCAAAUAGUGUCCGUGAAUUCGUUGCAACGCGAGUUGAAUAUAACAUAAAUUCGCGUUAAAUUAUUUUCAAAAGUAACCUUACUAAUUUUCAUCUUAAAAUGAUAUCCGUUUGUGCACACAUUUAUUAAUAAUAUUAUAACCCGAUAGUCAAACAUAAAUAAUUACGGAAAUACAACUACAAUCCACAAUCAUCUAAUCCAACAGUAUUACUUCAUUUAUAAACACAAACAUUUUUCGUUGCUUGAUUUUCCUUUUUUUAUCAAUUUUUUUUUGGUAGUUAUAUCGCAACUGCAGUACAGAAAAUAAAAAAAGCCGGUCACAUAAUAUAAUAUUUAAAAAAAUAAAUAAUAAUAAAUAAAACAACAGAAAAAUCAAUAAAAUCACAAAAAGUGUGCUCUCACAAAUAAACAACAAUUAAAAGAUGAAAAUAAUUAAGAAGCACUGAAAUUAAAAAUAAUAAUUAAAUCGCAAUGUAAUGGAUAUUUACUAUGCACUAUUGAAUAUUGCAAAUAUAAAAAAAAAAAUAUUGCAAUCUGCCAUUUAAAUUUAAACAGAGAAAAAAAAAUUACAACUGGUUAUUAUUUUAAAUAUUUGGAGUAAUUUGUAAAUUAGAAGUGAAUCAGCUACAGCAACUAAACAACCAUGAAUAUUUUUAUUCAUGUUUUUUUUUUGUUCAUCAUGUUAUUCAGUAAAGAAUGUUGAACCCGUCGAACUACUCCGGGUGACAAUAUUGACAAUUGACACAAUGCAAUUGGCAGAUUGCAUUUUUAAGAGAAAAAAAAGCAAUGAUCAUAUGCCCGCAAGAGUACAAUAACCAGCACAGGAUUAAAUUUGAAAAAAAAAUAAAAAAAUGAUAUUUAAUGAAUCAUUAUGAAUUAAAAAGAAUUAAAAUGAUUAAUAAGAAAAAAAAAAAACGAGCCAAUGUGGUGAGACGGCUGCUGACCCAAGUGGACAGUGCUGACUUAAUAUUAAAUAAACCGAUGAUUAAUAUGCCACAAAUACAACCAAUAGCAAAUCAACAGAAUAAUUAAAUACAUAAAAUGAAAUAAAACAAAUGAUAAUUAAUAAAUAAUAAAUUUAAAAAGUCAUACAGCAGAAAUAUUAAUAUUAUUUCAAAUCAAUGUCAAAAUAAUCAUAUUCAAAUAAAUGGUAUUAACAUAAUUAACAAUAAUAAAUCUGCAUAACAAUAAUUUAAAUCAUAGUUGCAAUGACUGAAAGUGUAAACAUGAUAACCGUCAUUAUUUAACGAAAAAAUUUAAAUAAUUAUUUCGUGUGAAAGUGAAUGCGAGAAAGUGAGAUGCAGCAACAAAAAAAAAUACUAAUAAUAAUUUAAAUGAAAAAAAUUUAAUAAAUAAAAACAACCACACGUAAUCAAUAAUCAUCAUGAAAAAAUAAUAAUAAUAAUUAAAAAAAAAAGGAAAAAACAAAAAAAAAAUAAACAUAAAAUAAUUGAGAAAUUUUAAAACGUAAAUUAAUCAUAAAUAAGGAUCAAUAAUUAAAUCGAUUUUUUGAUUUUCGCAGAUUUUCGCACAUUAUCAAUUUCCCAAUUUUAAAAUUCAAAAAAAAAAAAAAUUAUCCUUCCUAUUACCAAAGUCUUGAGAGCCCCAAAAAAAAAAAACCUACCUCCAAUUUUUGGAAAAAUUAAAAAUACCCUCCAAAAAAAAAAAAUCAACCAAUCCCUAAAUGAAAAAAAAAAAAAAUCUCCCUUUUACAAGGUUAUCUUCCAAUUCGUACGUGUUAUCGAGAAAAAAUAAAAAAAAACCUUAUAAAUUAAAUUUAUAUAUAUAUGAAAAAAAUCUUAAUAAUAAAAACUAGUUUUAAGAGUUAAAAUUUUAAGAAUAAUUAAAUUUACUUGAAAAAAUUAAUAAUAAAAAAAAAUUAAUGGAUUUAAAUAAUAAUUAAUGUUUAAAAUAAAAUUCUUCGCGAUCUCAAAAAUAAACGGCGAAUAAAAAACAAUUAGAUAAAUUAAAAGAUCACAUUGGCCGUGACCAAAUAAUAAUAAUAUUAAUAAAAAAAAAAAAUAUUUAAAUGAUAAUUGAUGAUUGAACAAAAAGAAAUAAUUUAAUAAACACGAAAAUAAAUUAUUAUAUUUUCGGCAUUCAUUGAUGAUAAUUAAAAUGAAAGAAAAAAAAAUUUUAAUAAAUAAUAUUUAUAAAUAAAAUUAUUAAUAUUAAAUGAGUUGAUGAAAAUUGUUUGUGAUCCUCUUCUUCCUCCAAUAAUUAUUUGUCACUCAUGAAGAGUAUAAAAAAAAAAAAAAUUGUACACACUGUGUUUCUGAAGCUUCUCAUCUAACAAAAACAUGGAAUGAUGAAAAAAAAUUAAACGCAAUAAUGGAGGGGAUAAUAAAGUUAGUGAUAGUAAUUUUUAAAAAUUAAUAAAUUAUCUUUCAUGAGAGCGCGGGACCGCUAAUUAUAUUCGUUAAAAUACGCGGACGAAAAUAAUAAAAAAUAAUAAUAAAUAAAAACAGAUUGUUUAAGAAUAAAAAAAAAAAAUUAAAUAACCCCCCUCCAAGUCCCAGCGUAAAAUAUGACGAUAAUUUAAAGACAAAAAAUUAAUUAAAUUAAUUAUUUGGCGAAACGCGGUAGUUUCUUACCCAUCAUUUAUACAUUUAGCUUAUAAAUUUAAGACUUUAGGUAUAAAAAAAAAUGAGCCCAAUAAAAAAAUUACUAAAAAAAAUAGUUUGAAAAAUGAAAUAAUAAAUACUACACACUAAAAUAUAUCACUGAUAAAAAAAAGGAUAAUUAGAAAUCCUGUAAAAUCAAUGAAAAAUAAAAAAAAACGAAAAAUAAUUUUUAAUAAAAACGGUUACGCAGCCCCGUGGCUAACACAAAAUAAAAAAAUUUAUAGUUGCGUAAAUAAAUCGAGGAUGAAUUCUUCAAAAAGACAAAAUAAAAGCAAAUUUUUUUUAGGGCUAAGAGAUAAAAUAAUGCUGAGUCAAGAAAAUGAUUAAAAAAAAAAAUAUAUAUACACAAUGAAAUAAAAAAUAAACUGCAGCAUUAAUUAUACUAAUGAUUGAUUAAUUAUAUUAUUGAUAAACUUACAAUUAUGAAACUAUUCUAGUGAUAUAAUACGAUGACAUAGUUGAUUGAGCUGUUUAAUAUUGAAUGUCUGUAGAACAGAGAGCGUUUGGAACUCUGUGCUAUCCGUAAUAAAGCCCGCCCAACCCUUACACAUUAAAUAUUAAAAAAAAUUCAAAUAUAUUAGAAUAAUUAAAUUUUAAUCACCCAUAUCAUUCCCCCGACCGUUAAGCAUCGACCAGAUUAAAAAUACGAAAUAUCAAAAAUAUGCUUUUUACCAUCGAGCAAAAAAUUCGACAUCAAAAUUUAAUCUUAAAUAAUUGGCAUUAACCUUGAUGAUAAAUUAAAAUUAAAAAAUUGCAAGACAAUUAAUUUAAAAUAAAAUUCGACAUGAAAAAAAUUCAAAAAACGCAAAUGAAAAUAAAAAAAAUCUAUUAAAAUAUUUAAUAAUUUAAAAAUAAUUUGAUAUUGUGUAAGAAAAACUCAUUAACUUUUUGGCAACUGGUUUUGAUUUGUAAAAAAAAAGAAUUUGCAUAAAAUGCAAAAAUAUUAAUUACAAUUAAUGACAAUAAUAUUGUACAGCUGGUUUUAAUUUAUAAUAAUAAAUACAGAUGACUGAUGAUCGAUUACAUAAAAUCGAUAAUUUACCAUUCAGCAAUAUUAAAUUAUUUUUGAAUAUAUAAAUUAUUUUUUUAAAUUAUAAAAAGCGUAAUGCUCGUAUAAAACUUGAAUAAAUCCCAAUUAAUUGGUUAUUAAAUAUUAAAGGGGUAUAGCGGUAAUAUAAAUAAGAAUAAAAAAAAAAAUUAUUGCAAAUUUAAAGUUUAGAAUGAUAAAAAAAAAUGAGAUUAAAUUUAUUCCAAACCCUCUGUCAACGAGUACGUGAAACAGUAGUGAAUACAUCGGACGUUGUCGAUCAAAUAAAUUCAAAAAAAAAAUAUUAAAAUUAUUUAAAAUAAUUGGCAAAUGAUCGACUGGCUUCCCCCGUUGUUUUUUCACUCUGAUUGUUGAGUUUAAGUUUAUAUAAUAAUAGUUAGCUAAUUAUUUUUAUUCGCGUUUUAUUAUAUACUGCAACGUCAUCACGUUGCCUGCAAUAGUCGAUAUUUAAAUGUUUUUUACAAAUGUUUGUGUAAAUUUUUGGUUGAGUUAUUGGUAUUAUUAUUAAUAAUUAAUUAAUUUUAUAUUAUUUUUUUAUGUUUUUUUUUUAAAUACCAAUUUAUAUAUCUCAACCUUGAUUUACAGCUUUUAAUGAUUAUUGUUGUAUUUGUAGUUUGACAUUGUCAGAGGGUGACAAAUGCAAUCUUUAAAAAAAUUGAAUUAAAAAAAAUGUGUGCAAUAAAAGCGCCCUAACCCCACUAAAAAUUAAAUUGAAUUAAAAAUUAUAUUUAAUUCGACAAAGGAUAUAUAUAUAUAUUAAUAAAUUAAAUAGAAAAAAAAAUUAAAUUAAAUGUAUAUCCAAAGUAAUCCUUCUCCGACGAAAUUAUAUUCUUUGGGUGAGAAUAAAAUUUUACAAUAGCCCUCUGCGUGUAUACUCCGCGAGGUUUAAAAAAAUAUAUAAAAAAAAAAAAUAUACUCAUUAUACACAGCUACACAAAAAUUUGAAAAAAAAAAAAAAUUGAAAUGAAAUUAUUAGGUAUUCACGACAUGGUAGUCAAAAAAAAUCAAAGAAAAAAUAUUUAAACUCGUUUUGAAAUUUUCAUAAAUGAAAAUAUAAAUAAAUAAUUUACCAAUAGUUUAUUUUUUAUUAUUUUCAACAAACUAUAGUACUAUAGUUAUAAAUAACUAUUUUUUUUUGCUUUGAAAAGUUAAUUGUCUUUAUUAUUUUACUGGCUAUUUAAUGACGUUGAUGAAUUCCCGACGUCAUUAAAAUUCAAUGCAAUAAUUUCUGAUCAAACUGGUUAUAAUUUAACAAAAUUAUUAUCCGUCUUGAAAACAUUAACAAUGAUGUUUCAACAAUAAACAAUAAUAGUAAAAAUAAACUAUGAAAAAUUAUUUUUUUUUAUAAAUUCAUUUUUGAUGAUUAUUUAACGAGUUUAAUGUUUUUUUUUUUAAUUUUUAUUGAUAAAAUGUCGUGAAAAAAUGAUGGAAUUUCUACACACAAAAUACACAAUAUCCAAAAUUUAUUAUUAAUUUAUUCCUGGGUGAGAAUGCGCGAGCGCUGGUCCGGCUCUCAAUUUUGAAAUAGCCAUUUCGACUAAAAAACGAAAAAUGCGGAACUAACCCUCAAAACCCGACGCAAUAGAAAAAAAAUCAACUGGAUAUUAAAAAAAAAUACCGUCACAUGAUGUAACAGUUUCUCGCGUAAGAUUCAGCUAUAAUUGUCUCAACCAAAAAAUCACGUGAAAUUAAAAAAUCUAAAAAAAAAAAAAAAAACUAAAAUAAAUAUCAAAGAAAAUAAUAAUUAAUAUAAAUUAAAAAAAUUAAUAUUUAAGGAAAAAAUCGUGAAUAGAUAAAAGAAAAAAACCUCCCUAUACCCAAAAUCUAAUUAAUUAAAUUAAAAAAGAAAUCCUGUAAUUGUAACCUCGUUAUGAUACACUCGGACCUCAAUUAUAUAUUUAUUAAUUGAUUAAUAUAUUUCACGAAUAAAUAAAAUGUAUAAUAUAUAAUAAAAAAUAUAUUUCACGUGAUUAUCUAUUGAUAAUACUUGUGACAAUAAUAGCGACCAGUAUAUUUUAAAUGGUCAUUGAUAAAAAAAAAAAAAAAAAAAAUCUUGAAUCUUACGCCCAAUCUCACUCACAGCACACACUGGGCCGACUCGUCCGAUAGAAUGUGCCUUCAGUGUUGAUUUUAUACGAAAAAAAAAAUGAAAAAAAAAGAAAAAAAAAAUAUACUAAAAUUAUACAAAAGGGCCCGACAUAGACCGAACGCCCACCCAAAGCCUGAUCCGCGCUCGCCCACCACCCCGUUAUGAUGAACCCCACAGAAAAAAAUUCACAACACAUGAGCAAGUGUUUCAACGAUCAUUUGAAAAUCAAAAAAAUUAAAUUAAUUAAUAAAUCAAGAAAAAAAUAUUGCUCAUGCAUUGAAAUGACACUCAACAACACAAACAAUUAUCAAAAAUUAAAAAACCUCACAUACAAAACAUGAAAAAAAAUUAAAAUAAACCCCAUAAAAUCCUCUCUAAUAUAUAAAUAAAUAAUCUGAUAAACAUCAGAUUAUCAACAACAAUGUGAUUUUUAAUUUUGGCAGGGAGUUCAGAACGCUGUUAAAUAAUAAUUAAUGCAAUUACUAUGUGAUAGGAUAUAUUAACAAUAAUAAUUAUAUGUGUACUAUGGUCUCUCCCACUUUUUCCUUUUUUUUUUAUUAAUUUUUAACCCUUCCUUUUUAUUCAAAAAAUAACAAGAUUAUUGUAUAACGAUCUGGCGUCAAAUUGAGUUGCAAAUUUAUUAAAAUUGCCAAAAAAUAAAAUAAACAACUUGAUAAUUAAAAUAACGAAAUUUAUCAUUGCAAAUUGAGAAAAAAAAAAAAUGAUCGUUAUAUUUUUAGUCGUGUAUCCAUAAUAAAACGUUAAUUCCAUCGCUCAUAUAUAAUAUUAUGAAAAGGAAUAAACGUUUAUAGCUAACUAAACAUACAAUUAACAAUUAUUAAUAAUUAAAAAAAAAAAUAUAUGCAGUAAACAGUAUAAACCGUAAAAUUCCCAAAUAAUCAUUGAAUUGUGUGUCGACAACUACAUACUAUUUUACCUCCCUUAUAUCGAAAUAAUAGCCGUAUGUAAAAGAAAAUAAAAACUUGUAUUCUGUAUCAGUUGUAUUCAACUAAAUUCUAUAUACAAGUGAUUUAACCAAUGUGAAAAAAAAAAAAAUAAUAAUCAUUUUUAAAAUAAUUAAAAACACCUCCCCUCCGCAGUAAAAUUUUAUAAUUAAAAAAAUAAAUUUAUAAUAAUUAUUCAAGCGCCAAUGAGAACGAAUUUAAUCUGAUACAAAAAAAAUUACAAUAGAAACCGAGACCACAAUCUCUGAUAAACACAAACAAUUAAUUUUUGAUUAUAAAAUUUUAUAAAUAUAUUCUCAUUAUUUAUUAAUGAAAAAAAAAAAUAAAUCACAUCAAACGAAAUGGAAAAUAAAAUGAUAUAAAAUUUUUAAAUUACCGAUAAACUUAUGAAUUAAUUAGAAAAAAAAAUCGAUAUUUAGACAGAUUGUAAAACUUCGUUCACAUUGUAAAAUGCACAUGUGUGGGGAGACCAUGUAACUUUUAGCUCCACCGCUCAUUUUGGUCCUAAGAUUUGCAAUUUGAAAAAUAAAUAAUUGUCCAAGCUCUGAUUAGAAUUAACAAUGAUAAAAUUCAAAAAAAAAAAAUAUAUACACAGUGCAAUUUCGUGACGCCAUUAUAUCAAAAAAGCACGCACAAUAAAUUUUCAAAUUAAAAAUAAAAAAAGGUUAAUAAGAGCUUGAAACAAUAAUUUAUUCAUUGUGAUAUCUUCAGCCAAAAAAAACCUACAAGCCCUUGUUUAAUUUUUAUUUUGAUCCCAAUAAUUUAUAUUUAUAAAAUUGAUUAAUGACCAAUUGAUCAUUGUAACUCGUGUGCACCACAAGUGGACACAAAUUCAUAACCCCCAUAUAAUAAACCAUCACAUUAAAAAAUAGAAAAAAAAAAAUGAAAAAAAAAUAAGCAUCCCAUAAUUUCCAACGUGUAGGUAUUAUCCGUUAUUUUCUAUAUAAUAUUAGUGCUAAUGAUAUUUAAUAAUAAUAAUAUGAUGACGAUAUAAUGAUUAUUGGAGAAGAACGUUUGGUCGAAAAAUAUGUACCACAACACGCCAUUUUCCUACGGAAUCACGUUUUAACAUUGAAAAAAUUAAAACACAAACAUUUACACAAUAUACGUACACAAUACAUGAAAAAAAAAAAAUGACGAAAAUGUUAAUUUAAAGAGAAAAAAAAACAAUUAAACAAUAUGAAAAAUAAACACGUUAAUGUGCAUAAGAUGGACAAGAAACAACAACAACAACAACAUCAUUUAAAUAAUUAAUUAAAUAUAAUAAAAUUUUAAUUUUUUUUUUUUUUUUCGCUACCGUGUAAUGAACAUUUACACUCUCACACAAGAAAAAAUAAAAAGUGAAAAAUACUAAUAAUAAUUAUAAUAACAAGUAAUAAUAUUAAAAAAAAAAAAAAAUAAUUAAAUAAAUAAAGAACAAAAUAGUUGCCGUGUUUGAUAACACCAGACCUACCCGCGGGUCCGCUUCGAAUAAUUUUAUAGUUCCACGAAGCCAAAAACGUAUGAAAAAAAUAAAAAAAUAUUUAUAACAAGAUAUAUCACAAUGCAAUUUAAAUUUGUCAAUUGAAAAAUUUUUUUUUAAUUGACGAAAUUUGUGUUGUUUGUGUGAUUAUUACUUGAAAAAUAUUUAAAAAUACGUUCGCCACAUUGGCUUUUUACCGAAACACACUUUGUUUCAUAAUAAUUUUUGUACAGGAUAUUUAAAUGAAAAAAUAAUAAUAAUUAAAAAAUAAAAUAAUAAUUUAAAAAAAAUACAAAAAAAAAAAACAAAUAAAAAAUGAAAAAAUGAUAAAAAAAUAAAAAAAAAAAAAAACAGAUUAAAUAAUUGCAUUAUUACAAAUGUAAAAUCUUGAGUUACAGAGCAGCACUAUACAUACAACACAGAUGAUGUAUAUAUUUUUACGUUACAGAAAAUAUGUCUGCACGCACACUGAUGCGACAGAUUCAAUAAGACUGGUUCUCAUUUCCCAAAGACAAUGCGUACAUACAUGCCCUUAUUAAUAUUGAUUUUAAAAUGAAAUAAUAAUAAUUAAAAAAAAAAAUAAAUAACCUUAUAAAUAGAAGCAUCAAAAUUUAAAAAUAUGGAUUUAUAAAAAUAAUUUUCAAAAUAUGCCACAUAUAUAUUUAACGGGAGUGCCCGCACGCAACACUUGCGGUAGAGUCGAAAUUUGUGCGCGCGGCAAUAACGUGAUUUUUAUAAAUUUGGCCUUUUAUAAAUUUGAAAAUUAUCAAUAAAAAAUUUUUAAUAAAAUAUGAUAAUCAAAAUUUUAUAUAUUUUAUAUUUUCAAUUUUAUAAAACCGGUAAAAUUAACAUCCUAAUUUUUUCUUUCGGCCGUUAUAUUACAUAGUUGAAAAAUAAAAUAAAUAAUUAUUGAUAUAAUAAAAUAAGUAUUUAAAAAAAAAAUUAUGAAGAAAAAAAAACCCAAUUCGGCGCUAAAGUGGAUCACGCGGCAAAUAUUUCAGACAUGAUUAAGGAGUUUUUAAAAAAAAUACAAACAAACAAAUAUAAACAAACAAACAAAAAAACAAACAGACAAAACAAAAAAUGAUUAAUGGAGAUUAAUUAAAAAUCAUAAUUAUAUUGUGAUUUAAAUUCACAAGCUAAUAAAAUAUCUACCGUGUUGUCCGCGGGCACAUCAGCGGAUACACAACGCGGGUAGGAAUCUCCAUAAAUUUCCUGGUUAAUUCAAAGCGGUUUUUAGCCGCAAGAAUAUCUAAAUUUUUUUUUUUUUUUUUUCAAAUAAACUAUAAAGAGUAAAAAAAAAAAAAAUAAAUAAAUCCGUACUCUGUGAUCGUGUGACUUUGUUUCGGUAGCAAUUCGGUAUUGAAAAAUUUAAAAAGAAAAAAAAAAAAAAAAGAAUAUUUCUACCAAGUUUCUUGAUAAUAAAUCCAUCUUAAAUAAAUUUAUUUUUUUGGGAAAAUUUACUCGUCAAAGGCGACAAUGGCCUAAUAAAAAAAAAAAAAAAACCAAAUUAAAAAAAUAUUGAUGACAAACGAUUGAAAGUAAAAUAAUAAUAAAAAAAAAAAAAAGAGAGUUGGACGAGUAUAUUGGACCGAUUGAUGAAUUUAUUUAUUUUCUUUUAAAUUGUUUUUUUUAUUAUCAUAUGAAAACAUAAUCAUACCGAGUAGUUGCCAAUUCACGUUGCAUGUUAAUUGAGAAAAAAAAAAUGAAAAAAAAAAAUAAACCAUAUGACAUAAUUUUGAGUUGCAGUGCAAGCGAACAUCUGUAGAGCCAUAUUAAUAUAGUAAUGUUGUUGUAUCUUAGGCAAUAGAAAAUAGUGAGUGUAAAUUUCAAUAGGGGUUGCUGGUUCAUAUACUAUUUUAAGACUCCAAGUGCGUAAGCUAGAGGCAAAUUUUUCUUUAAAAUCAAAAAAUUAAAAUUAAUAAAUAAUAAUAAUUAUUGGAUAUUAAAUUUAAAAUUUUUUAAAUUAAAAAAUUUGAGUCAUACCAAAAUAACAAGUUUAAAAAUUUUAAAAAAAUACACAUACACACACACAUACAUACACAUUUAACACAAAAUAACGAGAAAAAACGACGAGGAAUAAUGAAACAACUAAAAAAAAAAAAAAUGAAAAAGAUCUAAAAUUAAAAGUUAGAACAAAACUAAGACAAAAAAAAAAAAUAUGACGAGCUAAAUUGAGCCUAAUAAAAAAUGAGCAAUCGAAUUUUGAAAAAAUAAAAUGUGGUCAUCAGAGGGGCCCCGUCCAAAACGGGUGCAAGUAACUUUAGGUGUAUAAAAAAAUUAUAAAAAUAUUUCUCUCGUAUUUCUUUUUUUUUUUUUUACAAAUAGAGAAAGAUUUUUUAAAUUAAAAAAAAUAUUUAUUAUAUAUAGAGAAAAAAAAAGAAACGAAAGAAAUUUUUUAGGGACAGCAGGUGAACAUGUUUAAUAAUUUAAAAAAAAAAAAAAUUAAUAAUGAUUAUGAAUGUUAACACGAGUGAGCAUGAACAACGAGCAAGAGUGCAAAAAUAAAAAAUAAUAAUAAUUAAUUAUAAUGGACAAAACAAAGCUGCCAAAAAAUUAAAAAUAAAUUAAAAAAUUUUAUUGUAAAUUUUAGGGAGUGAUAUGGUCGCCUGAUGAUUACAUUUUGAUGAUUCGAUUCUCGAAAAGUUCCUACAGGGCGCGUGUAUAAUGAAAUCUAAACGACGAAAAACUAAAAAAAUGGAAUUUUUUUAAAUAGUCAAUUAUACAUGAUGAUGAAUAAUAAUUUUAAAAAAAAUUAUAUCAACUUGGAAUUAAAGUUGAUAUAAAAACAUCAAUGAAACGGUGCCCAAGUCAAUUUCGACGUAGAAAAGCUCGUCUUGAUUUCGAUUUAAAAAAAAAACGAUAAUACGUUUCUGAAUUUUUAUAUAUUUUUGGCAACGACAUCUCGUUACUAUUUAAGAUUUAAGCGCAACAAACCAACAAAAAAUUAAAUAAAUAAAUAAAUAAAGAAACGGUGCGUUAAAAAAAAAAAAAUGAUAAAACAAUACACGGAGACUAUGGGAGGAAAAAUAAAUUUAAAAAAUCGACGCAAUGACGUCGCAGAUAUUUCGACAGGUCGAACGGUUAUAUGGGAGUUGACAAAAAAAUAAAUAAUAAAUUUAAAAAAAAUAAAGCGGCAAAUAAAGUUUAAAUAAAAAAUGUUUAAAAAAUGUGUAGAGCCUCCGCGGCAGCUACGUGCAAAAAAUAGUAGAGAGUGUGAACCCAAAGCAUUUGUAUGAUCGAAUGAACGACAAAAAUAAAUGAAAGGCAAAAAAAAUUUUAGCAAAGAAAAAUCUAAAAAGUUGAACUACUACUACGUAAAAUUAACAAAAAAAUUCAAAAAAAAAAAAAUGAAAAAAAUUGAAAAAAAAAAAAUACAAAAAAAAAAAUAAAAAUAUUAUAAUAUAUGGCUACAAGUACAAAUUACUUCGAUUACUGAUGUAGUGGUAUUGAUGUGUGUGGGGAAAAAAAAAAAAAAUCUGGUUGGCCAAUAACCGUGGUUUUUUUUUUUGUUUUCGAAAAAUAAAAAAAACCAUCUUACUACAUAUAAAAGUAUGUAAAAUUUAUUGAAUAAACGCUAGCAUAUUAUUAUCAUAAUAUAAUCUAAUAAUGUAAUAUUGUAAUGACGAGACUAAAUGAUGAAAAAAAAAAAAAUUUUAAUCUGAGAUUUAGAAGUGCGCGUUGAAAAGUACACGUAAAUGAAAAGACGACAAAAAUUAAUAAAAUUAUUGUGCAUAUAUUAUUGAGUGACAAGAAAAAAGGAAAGAAACAAAAAAAAACAUUAAAAUUUAACGAAAAAAAUUGCAUAUUUAUAAAAUUUAAAGUAAAAAAAAAAAAAAAACAAAUUGUGUAAUAUGAUUAUUGCGAUUGUGAUUAUUGUCAUGGUCAUAUUGUCAUUUAUAGCCACAUUGUCAUCGCGAUCGCUAUGAAUAUUUAUUAUUGUCCAUUGUUUUUUGUCACUGUAUCAUUAUAAUUAUUGUGACGAUGAUUUAUUAUUGAAAUUGUAUAUGAAAAAAUAAAUAAAUAAAUAAUUAAUUAAUUAAAUAAAUAAAUAAAAAUUAAGCUGUACACAGUUUUCGAGACACAUAUUAUAUAGAAACGUUUGGGCUAUAAAAGUGAAAAUAAAAUAAAUUAAAUUUAAACAAAAAUAAAUGGACGAGUUAUAAACAAAAAGGUGGGAACACUUAUUUAAAAAAAUAAAGAGGAUGACAAAGUAAUCUAAACUAUAGGGAGAAAUGAGAGAUAAACAAAAUAAUAAAAAAAAAAUUUACACGCUAAAUUUGAUUGUGUGGAAACGAUGGCCUAUGGUUUACGACAUAUGUUGUGUAUAAAGACAAAGCUUAACGGUAAUAAUAAUAAUAAAAAAAAAAAAAUAUUAUAUUGACUGUAUUUUUUUUGUAUUAUGAUAUACAGUCAAUUAAGCAUUAAAAAAUUAAAAAAAAUUUUUUAAAUAAAAAAAGGAAAAAAUUUAAUGGCAAAAAUUAAAAUAUAAUAAAAAAAAAUAAACUAAUAAAUGAAAAUAAAUAAAUUUUAAAAAAUUAUUACGAAAAUGAAAAUUUAGGAAAAUAGGACAUAAAUAUAAUGAAAAAUUUUUUUUUCGGCACUUUGGCGAGAUAUUAUAAAUAUUAUUCCUCACGAUUCUGUUGUCAAUGGUGCUUUUUUGUACCUCGCUAAAUUCUAUUUUUGUAAGCAUAUUUCUAUAAAAGGUAUAUACUAACGAUAUGUCAAAAUUUAUUAUUCCUAGUACGAUGAAAAUAAAAAUAAAAAAUUGAACGUUUAGAUUUCGUUAGUAUAGUGUAAAAAAAAAAAAUUAAUAAUGUCUAGGUCCUAUUCAUAUACAUGUUUUAAAAGAGAGAGAGCGAGAGAGAGCGAAAGAAAGUGAAGUGAUUAUAAAAAUUAUGAAAAAAUAAAUAAAUUAUAUGUCGACGGUGUAGGUUGUAAAAUUGUACAUAAAUUGCAAGAGGAGGUACAAAAAGUAGUCGUAUGAUUUGAGGGUCGUUGAGGAUAUAUGUAAAAAAAAUUUUUGAAAUUAAGACUUUUCGAGAUUAAAUUAAAUGUCUAUAAAUUAAACGAUGAUGGUGGAAAUAAAUAAAUAAAUAAACAAAAAAGGAGAAAAAUAAAAAAAUUAUAUUUAAAAAAAAAAAAUAAAUAAAUUACGUCGUAACCGUAUGGCAUUGAGUUUCCCCGCAAAAUUUCUACGUCACACCGCUAAGUAUUAAGCCGUUUCGUCGGGUUAAAUAAACCAUUGUUACACCUUGUGUGAUACUAUUUAUAAAAAAAAAAAAAAAAUACGCAAUUAGUUUUAAAUAACAUCAAAAAAAUUUUAAGAAAAAAAUUAAUAUCAACAAUUGCAUAUACACUGUGUAAUUAAAAAACAAAAAAAAAUAUAUUCAAGUGAGUCAUAAUGGUUUAUUUAGCCUUAAUAAAAAUAAUAUUGUUUAUGAAUUUUUUUAAAUUUAAGAUAUUAUGUUAAUCCUGUUAGAUGACGAUAACGGCAUUGUACCUGUUUAUGUUGUUAAUUUUAAUACUUAAAUUAUUAAUUAUAAAUUGUAUUAUAAUUUUGAGCUUUUUUUUUUGUUUCACGAGAGCCAAACAAUCCUGGAACUUUAGGAAAGUGGUUUAUGGCAAAUGCGACACUACCAAAGAAUGAAAUAACGCGAUAACAUUACAGAUAAUAAAAUAAAUAAUAAUAAUAUUCCUUUCAAUUUUACAAUAAAUAUUUAUUUAUUUAUUUCAUUAUUUUUUUCUUUUUUGUUUCUCUUUCGAAAUCAUCACUAGUUUGCAAUCGAAAAAAUUUUUUCACGGCCUCGAUUUGCAUUCUAGUGUUUGAAAUAAAAAGAGAAAUAAAAAAAAAAAAAAAAAAA